ACAGACCUACGAGACCGUCGUAAGAAAGGAACGAUAGGCGCUGAGAAUAGUAAUACCUUUCACGCGUCUGAUUUUCUUACUGGCUAGCUCAUGUUACAUUUGAGCUGAACUGAAAUUUUCACCUGAAGACAGGUUCAGGGAUAUGUGUACGUGUGUGUUUCACGUGAGUUACUUUGACAUUCCCCGGGAGGCCUCCCCUUCAUUUAAUACACCUUCAGGAAAGUACACAGCUCAUAAGUGUGUGGUGAUGAACUUCCACAAGGCGCCCACUCUGGAAACCGCCCCCAAGAGGAGAUAGUGUCUGCAGUAGCUCCCCUCACCGCUGGUUUCACCCCCCACGGUGGUCAGCUGGGGUCCGGAAGCUGGUGAUCUUCCUGACACCGCGUCAGAAGGUCGCGGUAGCCUUGAUGCCGCGUCCCAGCUCCUGCGUCGUUUACCCCACAUCACCUCGUUCGUCACCUCAUUCGUCGCGUGCGUGUUUUGUCAUCUCCCGUCAUCACAAGGAAAAAGAUGGCAAAGCCUUUCAUCCAACUUACGAAGAAAAACUGAAGCUUGUGGCACUGCAUAAGCAGGUUCUUAUGGGUCCAUAUAAUCCAGACACUUGUCCUGAGGUUGGAUUCUUUGAUGUGUUGGGGAAUGACAGGAGGAGAGAGUGGGCGGCCCUGGGAAAUACCUCUAAAGAGGACGCCAUGGUAGAGUUUGUCGAGCUCCUGAACAGGUGUUGCCAUCUCUUCUCCACGUACGUCGCGUCCCACAAAAUCGAGAAGGAGGAGCAAGAAAAGAAAAGGAAGGAGGAGGAGGAGCGAAGGCGGCGGGAAGAAGAGGAGCGAGAGCGAGUGCAGAAGGAGGAGGAGAAGCGCAGGAGAGAGGAGGAGGAGCGGCUUCGGCGGGAGGAGGAAGAGCGGCGGCGGCUGGAGGAGGAGCGGCUGCGGCUGGAACAGCAGAAGCAGCAGAUCAUGGCGGCGCUGAACUCGCAGACGGCCGCGCAGUUCCGGCAGUACGCGGCGCAGCAGUACCCGGGCAGCUCGGAGCAGCAGCAGCUCCUGGUGCGCCAGCUGCAGGAGCAGCACUACCAGCAGUACAUGCAGCAGCUGUACCAGGCGCAGCUGGCCCAGCAGCAGGCGGCGCUCCAGAAGCAGCAGGAGGUAGCGGUUGGGGGAGCUGCUUUGCCUACACCGGCAAAGGUGAACACAGCUGUGGCGAGCGAUAGGACGUCGGUUAACGGACAGGCCAAAGCCCACACGGACAGCUCCGAGAAGGACCUCGAACCAGAAGCUGCAGAAGAAGCCGUGGAGAAUGGACCAAAAGAAUCUCUUCCAGUAAUAGCAGCUCCGUCCAUGUGGACACGACCCCAGAUCAAAGACUUCAAAGAGAAGAUUCGGCAGGACGCGGACUCCGUGAUUACGGUGGGCCGAGGAGAAGUGGUCACCGUUCGCGUCCCCACCCACGAAGAGGGAUCGUAUCUCUUUUGGGAAUUUGCUACAGACAAUUAUGACAUUGGAUUUGGGGUGUACUUUGAAUGGACAGACUCUCCAAACACUGCGGUCAGCGUGCACGUCAGCGAGUCCAGUGACGACGACGAGGAGGAGGAAGAGAACGUCAGCAGUGAGGAGAAAGCCAGAAAGAACGCCACCAAGCCCCUGCUGGACGAGGUCGUGCCUGUGUACCGGCGGGACUGUCACGAGGAGGUGUAUGCCGGCAGCCACCAAUACCCAGGGAGAGGAGUCUACCUCCUCAAGUUUGACAACUCCUACUCUUUGUGGAGGUCAAAGUCGGUCUACUACAGAGUCUAUUAUACUAGAUAAAGAUGGUGUCGCGGAGUCCGGAGUCUAGGGUUGGGCAGAAGACGGCACUUGGUUCGGAAUUUCUUUUGACUUUUGUGGAGCGUUGCAGUCAGCGUCUCCCCUUUUGAUUUUGGUCUGAUGGUCCGUGAACUCUCGUCGGGACUCAGGGUUUCCUUGAGACUCUAGCAUUAAUCCUCUGGGGUUAGAGGGAGUCCUCGGACCCGUCUGGCCCUUGGGUGCCGACCGGCAGGGUCGCUAGUGGAUGCAGAAGUUACGCGAGCUACGUGUGAAAUCUAUAAGGUCUCCGAAAUAAAACCUCCCCACGUUGACCCCACCCGGCUGACGGUGAGUCCAUUGCUGCCCGCCGCAUGCGGUUGACGAGAGCCCGUGGUCACGGUGACCUCGGAUCGGAAAUCCUUACGUUCGCAGUCUGCCUGAGGUGCAGCUGACUUGGACGAAGGUCGUCGUUUUGAAAUGAAGGUCAUCGUUUUGAAAACUUACAGACUCAAGACCCCACAGGUUAUAAUAGCAAAGUUGCCUCGAUUCGCUUUUGUUCUGAACGACCCAGAUUGUCUUUGCAUUGAGUACGGCCGUCUAGUUCAGAGGCCUAUUACAGAGAAUUAUUUUCCGAGAUAAUCUUAAGGACGUUCAAAGCCGAUUGGUAAUUGAACCGUCAAGACGCACACAACACCUCAGAGGUCCAUGUUGUUAGCAGGCCUCUGCAAACUCGGGUCCUUUUCUCUCCCUCCGGGACUCCCCCCUGCCGGUGACAAAGCAGAGUUAAUUCAUUUUUGUCUCGAUUUGGCUUUAUAGAGCAUCUCAAAUUGAACCUGUUUUCUACACGAGCAUAUAGUUAGGGGGUUUUGUAAACUCAAAUUGACACCUACUGAAUUAAAGUAUGUAAAAUCACUUCAGUACAAUUGAGUGUAUGGGGAAUAACGUUGCACUAAAAGGAAAUCACUGCCAGAGACAGUCCAUUUUCCUUUCCUGUGUUCAUGCUUAGGCACAAACCCUACCCAGUUCCUGUGGGGAAUUGCGUACUGGAGAGAAUUGGAAAAACAGAUGCCCAUGCUUAAAUUGUUUUAUAGCUUUAAUCUGCAUUAUGUCUUUGUAGAUGGGAAGAGGACAUCUUCGUGUCCCUUACCGAGAACAUAUACGGAUAAACAGCCGCAAGUUGGUAGAAGUGAUGGACUAGCGUAGAGAUCCUUGUUUUCAGGAGGGAGGGGGGUGUAGAUAGAACGUGACCAAGACGGCACUACACACGAAACGUUACUGGAUGUUGUUACUGAAAUACUUAGAUUUUUAGAUUUUUAAAACUUCAGAUCUUAAAUCACUUCUUGUAGGAGGGUCUCCGUUGAUUAAGCUGCGUUCUAUACAGUUCACUACACGAGGGGCUGUUUGUCGUGCGUGCGUUUCUUUUCUGGUUUUUAAUACCUGGUUUUGUACAUACCUAACCCUCUUCUCUUUUGGUCAUUCGGAAACUGGAUUAUUUUCUCCUCUGAGCAGUGCUUGAUUUGUGUUCUUUAAUUUGGAUUCACUGGUUCCAGCUCAAAGACGUCCACACCGUUCUGUCCAGAACACGUUCAGGCUGUCCAUGCGCGUGCGCGUACAUACUACCGUAUGGAACCAUGGGGUUAGGCGCUUCUUGGCUUUUUUUUUUUUUAACGAGAAAAUACUGUAUUUAAAAUGUAAAAUAAACUUUUAAAAAGCAGGCACUAAUAUAUAUUUCUUCCAGCCUUUGAGUACAGAUUUGUUCUUGCCCAUGUUAAGAUAAAUCGUCUUCUGAAAAGACCCUCGUUCUCGGGAGCAGUUUAUGUCACUUUACGUAGCGGUGGUUCGUCGUGUGCUCACGUCAGAACAUUUUUGGUUUUAGACUUUUCUAUUGCCUUUGGCUGUUGAUUAGUACAGUACAAGUGCGAUUUCAAAAAGAUCUUGAGAAUAAUAUAUUUAAUCAAUUAAAAUGUUUAUCUGUAA